ACUCGGCGACCGCUUCUUUGACAUGGAAAGCAACCAUUGAAAAAUGUAUAGCACAAUCCCCCUUUUCCAAUAAUCUCCCAGUGGCGUUUGCACGUGUUGAUUCCCAUCACUUCAUACCGACUCAACAGCAGAAUGUCGGGAGGUUCGGAGGUCCUGACCCUCAAGGAGGACGACGUGACCAAGUUCUUGGCCUGCGGCACCCACCUUGGGGCCAACAAUGUGGACUUUCAGAUGCAGCAGUAUGUCUACAAGGUCAAGGCUGAUGGAACUUACAUCAUCAACCUGCGUAAGACCUGGGAAAAGUUGAUGCUAGCUGCUCGCUGUAUUGUGGCCAUCGAGAACCCAGCUGAUGUCUGUGUCAUCUCGGCCCGUCCAUAUGGACAGCGUGCCAUCCUGAAGUUCUCAAGCCACACCGGGGCCACGCCCAUCGCGGGCCGCUUCACCCCGGGCACCUUCACCAACCAGAUCCAGGCGGCCUUCCGGGAGCCCCGCCUGCUGGUGGUGACCGACCCCAGGACUGACCACCAGCCGGUCAAGGAGGCUUCCUACGUCAACAUCCCCGUCAUCGCUCUGUGCAACACCGACUCCCCACUGCGGUUCAUCGACAUCGCCAUCCCCUGCAACAACAAGGGUGCCCAGUCCAUUGGCCUGAUGUGGUACCUUCUGGCCCGGGAAGUCCUGCGGCUGCGGGGAACCAUCAGCCGUGACAUUCCCUGGGACAUCAUGGUGGAUCUCUACUUCUACAGGGAUCCAGAGGAGGCCGAGAAAGAGGAGCAGGAGGCUCGAGAGAAGGCACAGGCCAAGGAGGAGCCGCAGGCCCCCUACCAGGAGCAGUGGGGCGGAGAGGUACCGGCCAUACCAGCGGCCGUGCCACAAGACCAGACAGGUGGCGUCAAGGUUACCGACUGGGCGGCCGAGUCCAUGACAGUGCCUGGAGUGGCCAUGCAGUCCAGCUACCCGACGGACGACUGGGCUGCCGCCCCAGACCCCACGGCCAGCAAGGACUGGUCUGCCUCCUCGGCAGCCCCCAAUGCUGGUGACUGGGGCGGUUCUGGCAACCAGGACUGGAACUAGACUGGACCGAAGCCAUCUACUGCCAAGACCCUCCUUCCCUUCUCUUACACCUGGAGUUUUCUUUCUUUUCCAGUGAGCACAGGCUAGAAACCAAGCAUUCAGUGACAUACACAAUCCCCUAGACGACAAAGAUACUUGGAGUCAAGUAAAGGGCGUAGUUACAGUCCAAAAAGGAAAAUCAAAACCAGAAUAAGAACCGUUUCACAAAUGAACAACAUAACCCAAGCCUGAUAUUUUUCUUUCAACGUCAGAUACAUUAUAAGAAGAUGUGCAAGAAAUUAUGAAAUUUGGGAAGGGGAGAUGGGUUUGCAAGGCUAGUUAGAUACUGGUCACGUUCUCCUUAAGGGGUUGACGUUGGGAUUGAGGUUCUUGUCAAGAGCACUUGAUGUUCUAUACUGGAAGUAAAUAAAGUUGAAAUGAAACCUAUAAAAACA